UCUUUUUACUGGACACCGGCUGACACAUGAUUGGAGUACGAGACAGGAACUAGAUGUACUGUACCCUAGCGCUGAAAACAAGAAUGUUCGCUAGAAAGUUACUUCUAACUGGGCUUCUUAUGCCUAUCUUGAGCAGCCUGGUCUUCUGUCAAACCGUAUUAGAGAAGUCAACCUUCACAACAGUUUCAACCACCACAGACGUCUUGACGACUGGAAACCAGUUUCCAGACGUGACCAGCACAACAAAUAUUGCCACGGAAAAGGAAGAGACCACAAUCGCCGAUGAAGUGACAACAGACACGGCUCAAACAUCAAAAUCAACCAGUGCCGCAGAGGCGACUUCUUCAUUGGCCGAGACUACUUCAGCAUGGAUGAAAAGCACAGGCCGAUCGACCGUGGUUGCAACCAUGUCCCAGACAUCACUAUCAGGUGAAACAACGCAGGCAUUCACAGCGGGCCCGGCAACCACUAUUCUGACCAGCCAAGCCGCUUCCUCAUCGGCAGAAAGUCUCACGACGUCCGGUGCAACCAUCCCAAUUCAAACCCCUCUAAAUGAUGUCACCACUUCCAAAUAUGAGACCACAUCGGCUUCUGAGACAACAGAAACUGUCGACAUCACAACCGAGGAAACCACGAUUGUUCAGGAUACCACGUUAGUCUUUAUGGAAACCACCACAUCGACAGAGAACACAACUAAAAUUACACCUUCAGUUAUGAGCAUCACCACCGCUACAAGGACAAAAACUUUGGAAAGUACAACUGAGGAACUAGCCACAGCCAUUCAGACCUCGGUCGCACUGUCAUCGGCAAGCAUAACUAAUGCCACUCCAUCAGCUCAAACCACGAUCUCCAACAUAAACACCGUGACGACAUCAUCAGGAUCAGCGGCCAGUUUAUCCGUGCAAACCACAGACUUGCAGGCUACCACCAUAUUGAUAGGGGACAGUGCAACAACCGUAGAGAAUGCAACAUUUGGUGGAACCCAACAAAGUCAAACUGGAACAACUGAACCUACAGCUCCGGUGGCUUCAACCUUUCCAAGUGAAACAACAGAAACCUUUGUCAGUACAGUAAAGGAAACCACUCAAGCAACUACCACAUUCAACAUAGCAACUACAACACUC